UCGAACGAUUGAAUUACAAAACUUUCUGCAAUUUUCUAAGGGUUCUGCAUUUAUACAGUAUUCAAAAAAUUGUUUUCGUCCAAUCAAAUUGUAUUUCGGAGCCGAAAAUUGCCGAAGCUAUGUUCGGUUCAUUCGGGUACCCACAUAGAAAAUGGAGUUUGAGCAAAGCAAGCGAAGCAGCUAUUCGCCAUCGUUGAUGGGCGCACAACGACAGUUCGAAGCUGGGUGCAUCACAUAUUUUGUGACAAACGUGGAUUUUUGUGCUUAAUGCGAGUAAGAAGUACACCGAACUGAAACCAAAGUCGGCUGCAAGACAUUUGACGGUUCUAAAACAUGUCAUCCACACAAGUUGAUCGGUCCGCCAAAAUGGGUCAUAUUACUAAGAAGGAAAGUGAAAAAUCAAGAAAGACAUUUAAUGCUUCUCAUAAAAAACACAAGCACGAAGACAGUCGUCAUUUUAAGUUUGGUAGGAAACGUCUACAGAGUUUUAUUAGCAAUGGUAAAUUCUUUCCACCAUAUAAACGUAGGAAGAAGGAAGGUGCAAUUAUUCCACCCACAAAAUUUUUACUUGGUGGUAACAUACGUGAUCCUUUAAAUUUAAAUAGCAUGCAGGAUGAGGAAAUAAAUAGAGCUAUGAAUGCUGUUACACCUAAGUCUAGCCCAUUGCCCACACCUAGACAUAAAACAGAGGUUAUCGAAGUUAUAAUUCCACCAAAUAUCUGUGACCCUCUGAAUCUAAGCAAUUGUAAUGACAACGAGGAAUAUGAAAAACAACUUAUAUCCCCAACUAAGAAAUGUUCUAAGCGACGAAAUAGGAAGAAAAAACGGGCAUCUUCUGGUUCUGGGAAUGAUGCAAGUGAUUCAACUGAAAUCAAAAUUAAAGAUUGUGAUGCUAUUGAUAUUGUACAACCUACGGAACAAAGUGUUCUAGACAAUAUUGAGACAGAGCAACAACAACCACCGCUGAAUUCAUCACCGACUAAUCCAUCCAGUCAGCCUAAAGAGGCAAAACCGGAAAGUUCACAGAAAGACAAGAAUAAAUUACGUUUGAAAGGUUUAGAGGAACCUAAAGACAAAAGGUUAAGGAAAGUGGAUGUUAAAGAUAAAAUUGUCAGUCCUGUAAUUCCACAACCUGGAGGCUGGAAGACUAGACCACUGCAUAGGCCAAGUCAAGAUAAGAAGAAGAAACAAACAAUGCCCAAGUUCAGAGAGAAAGAUGCUCGUUAUCAAUAUGGAAAUUACAACAGGUAUUAUGGGUACCGUAAUUCUCAUAAUGAUAUGGAUACAAGACUGACAGUAUUUGUACAGUACAAAUAUUUAUUUAUUGACAAAGAUGUAUUAGACAUUGGUUGCAACAUUGGUCAUAUUACUCUUUCCGUUGCAAGAGAUUUCUCUGCCCGCAGUGUAACUGGUAUAGAUAUUGAUAGAACACUCAUCAAUAUAGCUCGAAAAAAUAUUAAACAUUAUGUCAAUUGUGCACAGUCCCCUGCUGGUAACGAGGAUAGCGAUCACCAAGAUGUAAACUUCUUUCCAAUAUCUAUGCCAAUCAUUUAUGGCCCAGUUGACAUUCCAGGUUUCACAAAGAAUAAAAGUCAUAGAGGUUUCCCUUACAAUGUCACUUUUGUACAGGGUAAUUACGUGCUUGAGGACGAUUCACUAUUAUGUACAGAACAGCCGCAGUUCGACACAAUUCUUUGUCUGUCGAUAACUAAAUGGAUACACUUGAAUUUCGGAGAUGCAGGUUUAAAACAGGCUUUCAGGCGUAUGUACGCACAAUUACGCCCCGGUGGAGUUUUAUUACUAGAACCUCAAGGUUGGAGCAGUUACACCAAGAAAAAAAAUCUUACAGAACGGAUAUAUAAGAAUUAUGAGAGUAUUGAAUUUCGACCGCAUAGCUUCACGCAGUAUCUCUUAUCUUCUGAAGUCGGCUUUUCCAAAUAUGAGGUGUUAUCGAUACCUCCACACCCAUCGAAAGGAUUCCAACGGCCGAUCCAUUUGUUCACCAAAGCUGGCCUACCGCAAGAGAGAUCUGAUAAUUCUGUGAAAAACGCAACAAAACGGCAAGAACGAGAGAUCGAAGAGAGAAGAGAAUUGGAGCAGGAGCAACAGCAUGAAGGGAGAAGAGAAUUGGCACAGAAACGAAAAGAUGAGGAGAGGAUGGAAUUACAAGAGCAAAGAAAUGAUGAAAAGAGAAGAAAAUUAAAAGAGGAGCGAAAGGAUGAAGAGAGGAGAGAAUUGAAGCAGGAGCAACAGCAUGAAGAGAGAGGAGAAUUGGGGCAGAAACGAAAAGAUGAGGAGAGGGUGGAAUUACAAGAGCAACGAAACGAUGAAAAGAGAAGAAAAUUAAAAGAGGAGCGAAAGGAUGAAGAGAGGAGAGAAUUGAAGCAGGAGCAACAGCAUGAAAAGAGAGGAGAAUUGGGACAGAAACGAAAAGAUGAGGAGAGGGUGGAAUUACAAGAGCAACGAAACGAUGAAAAGAGAAGAAAAUUAAAAGAGGAGCGAAAGGAUGAAGAGAGGAGAGAAUUGAAGCAGGAGCAACAGCAUGAAAAGAGAGGAGAAUUGGGACAGAAACGAAAAGAUGAGGAGAGGGUGGAAUUACAAGAGCAACGAAACAAUGAAAAGAGAAGAAAAUUAAAAGAGGAGCGAAAGGAUGAAGAGAGGAGAGAAUUGAAGCAGGAGCAACAGCAUGAAAAGAGAGGAGAAUUGGGACAGAAACGAAAAGAUGAGGAGAGGGUGGAAUUACAAGAGCAACGAAACGAUGAAAAGAGAAGAAAAUUAAAAGAGGAGCGAAAGGAUGAAGAGAGGAGAGAAUUGAAGCAGGAGCAACAGCAUGAAAAGAGAGGAGAAUUGGGACAGAAACGAAAAGAUGAGGAGAGGGUGGAAUUACAAGAGCAACGAAACGAUGAAAAGAGAAGAAAAUUAGAAGAGGAGCGAAAGGAUGAAGAGAGGAAAAAGUUCGACAAUCUAACUUAAUCACGUGGAUGAGGAGGUUGCGAGGUAGUGCCGGAUCCUUACCGGCUAAAACCUCUAAAGUGGGCUACCACGGCGCGAUCGAGGAAGCUCUGGGAAUUUCAAUGGAAUACGUUACAGAGUUCCUCCGCGUCGCGCUUAGAGCCUGUCUUCAGAGGGGAUUAACAAGAGCCUCUCGUCGUACCCCGAUUCCGCGGCGCUCUAGGACCGUAUUAUAAAAUCUUUUACAACGCAUGUGUCAGUUUUUUUAUUCAUUAUUUUCCUCAACUUUCAAUAAUGUCAAGAUUAUAUUAUAUAUUUAUUAUAUUAUAUUAUAUUUAUGUCAAGGAAUUAUAUUUUAAGACACCAGUCCUCAGUUAGCAGAUAAUGUAUACAAAUUAGGUUAAAUUUCAUUCAUUUUGAAGCAAAAAUAAAACGUAAAAUAGUUUCAUUACAGACUCGGCUUAAAUAAAACGUUAUAGGAAUAGAGGAAGGACAAUGGAUAAAAACAGCUGAUACUUGUGUCUAAAAAGAUCAACCGUGCGAUUGUUAAUACUAGAGAUAAAAAAAAGAAAAGAGAAAAGGAAAACACGGCAGAAGCUUCCAAAACACGGACGUACGGGUGGCUUUCCUUCUUGUAUUAUCUAGUCUGUAUAUCAUAGAGGAAGAAUGGAAUAAUCACUUGACAGUAACUUUGUAGUUCAAACCGAAACUUCGUUUUCAAUUCAAAACUUUCUCGCACGUUCCGCGAAACAUUUCUGUUCGAGUAUGUUUCAUGCGCUCCAAUUGUAAUUAUACGCAUUGUUUGUUCAAGUUCGAUUUAUAAAAUAACCACUUUGCACGCAUUUAUCACGAUUUAAACUGAUGAUGAAACUGAAUAAUAAAUCAUCAGAGGUAGAGUAUGGCGUCUCGUGAAAUAAAGCGAUUAAGCAUUGGAAAACACGAUAAGGAAAUUGUCCAGUAAUUAGUAAUUGGCUUUUUUCUGAUAUAAAUUGUACUGGUUUACAUUCUUUUACGUAUUUGUUCCCGUUUCCUACUUGGUCGAAUUUUAAACAACUGUGUUUUUCGUAGCGCAUAGACAUUUUGAACACGAAUGCGGUCGGCACGUUCAUACCUUUCUAUCCUUGAAUAGCUAUGCGAUACGAAGUUCGAUGUGAAAAAAAUGAGAGAAAGAUGUUUCAAAGGAGGAAAGGAGACGUGGACGUGUUACGUUUGAGAGGAUGAAAGGAAAAUGAACCACUUAGACGCUUACCAAGAACACUCAUAGUGUAAGAAAUAAAAUUAUUAAUAAUAAAGAAUCGCUUUGAGUUA